CUUCCAACUGCACCUGUAUGAAUGAAACUCAUCUAAUAGAAACCGUACACUAUUUAAUUGGCCAAAAAUGCGAAACACAUCCCGAUUAAAGCUUACCGAUCUGAACACGUAUUGUAUGUUGAAGAUAUUUAGCUAUCUCUCCGAAGACGAUCUUCUACGCUUAUGCAAAGCCAGUCAAUAUCUUGAAGGCAUCAUAGACUCUUCCAUUUUUUAUGCCAAGUCGAAGGAUCUACUGCUUUGUGGCCACGCAAACCAUCCAAGCAUUGAAAAAAGAAACCAAAAACAACUGACGAACUAUGAGCGAAUUCAGGUGUACAGGAACUGGGUGGGCGGCACCUACAACCAGUGUAUGUAUUUCCACCAUGCCCCCAUGUUUCCCACAAAACUGUGCCUGGAAAAGGACGCCCUGUACAUAACACAUGCCAGCUAUCUGCGAAAAUACCCUCGAUCCAAAUACGAUGCACUGCACCGGCGGUACGAAAAGGAAAUCUCCACUUCCUCCAGCACCGAUAUCUCGGAUUUUGUGAAGAAACAAGAUACGAUUUUUGCGGGGCGUAUCUGUGGAUCAUGCUUUCUUUACGAGGAUGGCGAUGUCAUCGCUGAACACCGGAUGCAUUCGUCAAACGAAUAUUUAUACUGCGUCGAUUUUAAUGAUCACCUAUAUGCCACCAGCACAGAUACCUGCUGCAAGCUGUGGGAGCGUUCUCAGGAGUUUGGACUAACCUACUUCGACAUGGUGAUGACAAUCGAUAGGGCUUUCAAGAGCAUGAAGCUGAGUGCGGACGGGCAGUGGCUCUUUGGUGGUCUGUAUACUGAUAAGGGACGCCAUGCACUAAGAGCCAUUCACGUGGAAAGCGGCAGGGAAAUUGAGCUGGGCUCGAGAACAAUGUCCAUAUACGACGUUAGGCUAAAAGACGAGCAUGUUAUAUUCACGGCUAACUUCGACACUACCUUCAGGAUGUUCGAUCGACGUAUGGAUCGGGAUGUGGCCAUUUGGGAGGAUCCGUUCGACGCCUCGUUUUACUCCCUGGAAUAUGAUGGUCUCUACGGAGUGCUGGCCGGCACCAGCAUGCACUCUCGAGUCAAUCUUUACGACAUAAGAAUGCCAAAAUUUGUACAAUUGUACUUCGGGGGACGCACGCGGGUGCACAACGGCCUGUCGCCGGUAUACAGCCUGGCCUGUGAUAGCCGUUAUUUGUUCAUUGCCACCGACCACAACCUGCGUGUUUUUGACUUCAAAACCAGCUGUGGCACUACCAGGGACUACAGCAACAUUGGAGUCUCGAGGAGCAUAUACUCACUUAUGUAAAAU